UUUAUUUAAACUUCUUCGCAUUGGAAGAAACGUUUGUGUCACUUAUAAAAUAAAAAUGAGAAUAUCAUUUUGUAAAAUUUUCUUUUUGAGUUACCUACUAAAAUGUGCAGAAUCGGAGGAGCCGCACUGUUCAAAAUAUGAUUUCGAAGAGAAAGUUUUAGAGAAAAUGGUUCGCAUGGAAUUUCAAAUGGAGAGAAUAAAAUCUGAAUUGGAACAAACAGUGAAAAGUGUUGACUGGAAACUGAAUGAAAUGGUUGAAAAACAGGUGAAACAUUCGUUAAGCAUUAAAACAACACAGGAAAAAUUUAGUGAGACAAUCGAAGCACUACAAAACAAAACUUCAGAGAUUAUUGAGACAAAAUUAAAGGAGCUGCAAAUUCUCAAAGAUCAGAUUGUGACACCAACUGUGGUAUUUAAGGCAAGACUAAAUGCUUACACUGCCGCUCCUGUAGGUCAAGUUAUUGUGUUUCCUGUAGUACUCUUCAAUGAAGGAGAUGCCUACAGCAGUCAGACAGGGAAAUUUACGGCCACAACAAAUGGAACAUAUCUUUUUACUAUAGCAUUAUGUGUGCAGGCAACCAAAUAUUUGCGUGUUGAUAUAAUUGUUGAUGAUGUAGCAUACACUAAGACAUUCAUUCGCGACAACGAUGAUGUCGACUGUGAUACAGCUGACACUGUCAGUGUGUUAAAAGCAGGACAGAGUGUGUGGGUUCAGCCGUCUGGUAGUUCCUCUGGUAAUAUAAUUUACCAUUCUUCAACCAUUUGGAACACAUUUUCCGGAGUUUUGCUCCAUAAAUAAAUACAUUAUUUACUGCUUAUGAUUGAACACGAGUUGUAAUAUAAUUAUUUAAUAUUAUCAAGCAUGUUGUUGAAAAAUAAUUCUGUGUAAAGCUAUUGAACCUUUUUUAUUCAUGAACUAGUUUAAAGACAUUUGAUAUUACUUACUUGUGAUAAUUAUGUAAAUACAAUGUUUCAUCAUGUGUAAUCUUACUAAUGGUAAAUAAAGGAUCAGGUUAAUUAACAUCAUUGUACUCAACAUGAAGAUAUAUUUGGACAAGUUUUCAUGUAGCCAACUAUAGAUAUAAACACACAACGGUUCCAUACCAGAACUUAAAUGACAACAGUAUAUGCAACUCGGAUUUUAUUUGCAGGUGAAUAUUUCCAUGAAAAGUAUCGAUUCGGACACAAAAGCAAAUCCUUUUUGUUUUAUAUGUUUGUUUUU